AUGAAGCGAUCAAUUACCGCAAGGGGCGUCAGGGCGUCGAGCUGUCUUAAGCCGGGUCGGAGAUGCGGCCAGAGGAGACAGAUUCAUAUCCAAGCCAUACCGAGCAGCCAACUCAAUUCGGUGACAAGCGACAACUUCCACGCUGCUUCGACGACCGCUAGAUCUGCUAUAUCUCCGGAUGCCAAAUUCGAAGUUGUUGGCUCACCCUAUUCCUUACUUUCCGUCUCCCUAUCGGCAUCCCAGAAUCUCUAUACAAGACGUGGAACCCUUGUAGGAUUAAGUGGAAAGGCAGAAAAUGUCGUCUCUACUCUGCAGAUCCUUGAGCCAUUCCGGCGGGCGGCACUUGGAAUUCCGUUUCUAUACCAAAAGAUAUCCUCCACUAGCCCUGUAUCUGCGUUGAUUUCCGUAAAAUCUCCAGUGACGUCGCUCGCUCUUCUACAGCUCAAUGGGACGGUAGAUUGGAUGCUGGCGCAGCGGAACGCUCUUCUUGCAUGGACAGGUCAUUCGUUGACAGUAAAACCAAGAAUCAACAGUCAGUUGAGUAUAAUGCAUUGGGGAAAUUCUGAGGUUACAGGCCGAGGACUUAUUGCACUAGCUGGGAAGGGACAAAUAUACUCUAUAAACCUCAAAGAAGGGGAGCAGUAUAUCGCUCAUCCAGGGAAUGUGAUUGCCUACACGAUGACUCACACUCCUCCGCAGCCUUACAGGUUCAAGUCGACGACCCUAAGAUUCCAGGUGCCCAAUCUGGGUAUUGGCAAACGCCUAUCUAAUACUAACCUUGUGUCAAAUCUAUCAAAAUCAGACACUUGGAUGACGCUGAUGAAGAUCUUCCAUACUCUCAGAACAUGGACAAGAAGGACUAUAUGGGGUGAUAGGCUAUUUUUGCAAUUCCAAGGUCCCACUACCCUGCUUGUGCAAUCUAGGGCCGCGCGCAUUAACGAUAUCUUAACGGAUGGGGAGGUAAAUGAAAUCGCCGAUGCCACACCAGGAGUCACUAGGGCGGCGGUGGAAGCAACUGAAGCACCGGCUCUGAAGGAGAUUGCUAGCAAGGCUGCUGCGGAAAAUAAAACAAGCCAACGGCAGAGCGUUGCAAGUGUACAUCAAGAUGGAAAAGUCGACAUCAAGUCCGCCGAAUAG